AUGGAGGAGAAGAAGAAGAAGAAGAAGAAGAAGAAGAAGAAGAAGAAGAAGAAGAAGAAGAAGAAGAAGAAGAAGAAGAAGAAGAAGAAGAAGAAGAAGAAGAAGAAGAAGAAGAAGAAGAAGAAGAAGAAGAAGAAGAAGAAGAAGAAGAAGAAGAAGAAGAGCACGAAUAAUUGA